AUGAACAUAAUAUUGAAUGCAAUCUAAAAAAUAGAUGUUUUUGGUGUACCAAUUUUUCUAUUAACAAAUAACAAUAAUCCACUUCAUUAAAGCAAACUUGGUGGAAUAGUAACCUUGAGUUUAGGAAGUAUUAGUCUAUUUUACUUUUUUUAUGUAAUAAUAUUAUGGAUGAGUUACUCAAUAGCUCCAAAUAUAAGUUCAAAGUAAUAAACUUUAGGUUAUACUGAAUUUUAAUUGCAAGAUUCAACUAUUUAAAUAUCUUUGUAAGACUUUUCAGGGGAUAUCGAUCCAUUUUAAAAAGAAAAUAAUAUAAUCACUCCUCUUUUAUUUACUUAUAAAGAUAAAACAAUAUAUGAAAAACCAAUUGCUUUAUUUAGUAGUCAAGAAUAACCUUAUCUUAUUAAAUUAAAUAAUGCAUCUCUAAUUUUAAAUACUUUAGAAUAUAAGGAUGAAAAAUAUCAAGAAUAAAGAUAGUAUUUAAUAGUUUUAGCAAGAUGUUCGGAAGUAUUUGCUAUAAAUGGAAGUAAUUGCGCAGAUGAGAAUACUAUUAAUACUUACCUUUCCAAAUAUCAUGGAUUUUUAUUUCUGAAUAUUAAAUUAAGCUAAUUGAAUUAUAUAACAUAGGAAUUUGAAUAUUUCAAUAAGUUAUAUUAUACUAGUUUCGAUGUAAAUAUGCCUCAAUAUUCUUAAAUUCUAUUAAAAUAAUAGGAAACUAUAAUUGAUAGUGGUAUAGUAUUUAAUAAUUUUGAACAUUUCUCAUUUCUGAAUAAUUAUGAAUUCAUUAAUUAAGUAAUUGAUAAUUCAUUUUCAUAAAAAAUAAUUAAUUCAAUGUCAAAUUUUACUUAUAAUUUUGAUAGUUAUGGUUGUUAUCUUAUUAGAAUAGACAAUAUAUCAAUUAAAGAAGAAAUAACACAUCCAAAAUUAGGUCAAAUAUUAGCCUAAAUAGGAUCAAUUGUCUAAUUAAUAUUUCUAUUAAAACAUUUAUUAUUAUAUUACAAUACUAAAUUAUUAGAGAAUGAAUUAUUAAAUGAAAUUAUAACAAUGUAUUACCCAGAAUUCAAAGAAUUUAAACUUGAUAUUUUUAAUUAAUUUAAUAUUUCAUUUUACAAAAACAAUAAUCAAUUUAAAUCAUCUAAUUUAUAAGAAAAAUAUCUAAUACUAUAGGCAAGGGCAAAAGAAAAAUGUAAACUUAAUAAUAUAUUAUAUGAAAUAUCUAGAAUUUAAUUUAUUCUUUAACAAAAGUUUGGUGAUAUGGUAUUAAUCUAAAGCCAUUAAAUGGGUGCUAAAAUCGACCUUAAUUAAAUUGCCUUAGUAAGUAUUAAGGAAUCUAACAGGUUAUGUGUUAAACCUGUAGAAUCUAUUGAUUUAGAACCUCAAAGUCAAAACAUAGACCCUUUAGAAUUAUUAAUAAAAUAAUCUUGA